UUGACUGUUGGUUAAAGAGAAGAAGAGAGAGAGUGUGUGUAUUGAAUGCAGACAUGUUUGGAUUGAGACCACUGAAGUAAAUGAGGAAGAUGGUAAAGAGGGUUUGCUUUUAAUUCUGUUGCAGAGAGAGAGAGAGAGAGGGGUUGGGUGGUGUGGAAAAAAAUAAGAAAGUUGUUGUUGGAGGUUUUUUGUUUCAAUUUUUUCUUUUAUUUUCUUUGUUUUUUGAUCAGGGUUCUUUUGUGGGGUUUUAGAUUUGAUUCUUGGAAUCCCUUUUUUGUAUAGAUUUUUCUUUCUAUAUGGGAGGGAGAAGGAGAAGAAGAGGUUAGGAAUUUGUGUGUUUUUGUUGAUUUUCCAAGCCUCUGUAUUUUUCUUCUUUAAAAAAUAAAAUAAAAUUGGGUUGGGGUCUUGUGUGAGAAUUUUAUGGGGAUUUUGGGAUUUGGGUUUUUUUGGGGUUUUUGAUGGAGUGCUGGGUUUGUGUUAAAUCUUUGGUUUUUUUGGUGGGUUUUUCCUUAGAUGGUUAUCUGAAUUUUUUGGAGUUUUGGAGGGGUCAUUUUGUAAAAUUUUAGGGUUGUUUUUAUUUAUUUUUUAUUGUUUUUUAUGGGGUGGUUGAGUUUGAAUUGAAUCUGCUGUUUUUGGCUUUUGGAUCUUGAAAAAAGAAGAAAGACGAAAGAAAGAAGGAAAAGGGUUGAAUUGGAAUCGGUCCUUUGUUUUUUUUUUCUUUCACUUUUUCUUUGUUUUGAUCUUGCAAAAGUUAUGGUGGUUUGAAUGGAAUCUCUGGUUUUGAGGGGUUUGAAUGUUUCUGCAUAAAGUUGAAGAAUGGAAUGUUUGGAUUUGAUAGAAGAGUUCUUUUGAUUUUGUGGAAAUUUCAGAUUCCUCGCUAGGCUUUUUAAGGCUUUCUGAAACUACAUCUUCGGUUUUUCAUCCAGAUUAGGAUUGGGUUGGAUUCCAUUUCUGGGUUUUGUGUCAGACUAAUCAGCAUUCAUGCAUCUUUCACUAUGGAAGCCUAUUUCUCAUUGUGCUGCUUUGAUUUUGGAGAAAAAGAACAGAAGGAAAGAUGGGUCUGGUUUGAAAGAAGACGGCAAGAAAAAGUCUUCAAUCCUCAGACAGUUGCAAGAAAACAAGCUGAGAGAGGCUCUUGAUGAGGCAUCUGAAGAUGGGUCUCUUGUUAAAUCCCAGGAGAUGGAUCCCGAGGGAUUCUCCAACCAGGAUGUUGGCCUUGGGCGGUCCAGAUCGCUCGCUCGGCUGCAUGCCCAGCGCGAAUUCCUCCGGGCCACAGCGCUUGCUGCAGACCGCACAUUCGACGAUGAGGACUCCAUCCCUGAACUCCGGGAAUCAUUCGCCAAGUUCAUCACAAUGUACCCCAAGUUCCAGACUUCGGAGAAGAUCGACCAGCUGCGAUCAGACGAGUAUGAGCACCUCUCGGAUGCGGCUGCCAAGGUAUGUCUCGACUACUGCGGUUUUGGGCUUUUCUCUUACCUUCAGAACAUUGUAUCCUGGGAGUCGUCGGCCUUUAGCUUGUCUGAAAUAACUGCGAAUUUGAGCAACCAUGCGCUCUAUGGUGGCGCUGAGAAAGGCACUGCCGAACACGAUAUUAAAACUAGGAUAAUGGACUACCUGAACAUCCCUGAGAGUGAAUACGGCCUUGUUUUUACCGUGAGCAGAGGGUCCGCUUUCCGAUUGCUUGCAGAAUCCUACCCAUUCGAAACAAACAAGAAAUUGCUGACCAUGUUCGAUUAUGAGAGCCAGUCAGUGAAUUGGAUGGCCCAGAGAGCGAAGGAGAAGGGUGCGAAGAUUUACAGUGCGUGGUUCAAAUGGCCGACAUUGAAACUCUGCUCCACAGAGCUGAGGAAGCAAAUCUCAAAUAAGAAGAGGAGAAAGAAGGAUUCAGCUGUUGGGCUUUUUGUUUUUCCUGUUCAAUCUAGAGUUUCUGGUGCUAAGUAUUCUUAUCAGUGGAUGGCGUUGGCUCAGCAGAACAAUUGGCAUGUCCUGCUCGAUGCAGGAUCUUUGGGUCCCAAGGACAUGGACUCGCUCGGGCUGUCGCUUUUCAGGCCAGAUUUUAUCAUCACAUCAUUUUACCGAGUGUUUGGGUCUGACCCAACUGGAUUCGGUUGCCUCCUUAUCAAGAAAUCUGUGAUGGGGAGCUUGCAAAACCAGUGUGGCAGCGCCGGGAGUGGCAUGGUGAGGAUUGUCCCAGUUUUCCCACAGUACCUAAGUGACUCUGUGGAUGGUCUGGAUGGCUUGGUUGGAACUGAAGAUGAGGGGAUCGAUGAGAAUGAAGAAUUGACACCCGAGACUCGGCGUGGAACACAAUUGCCUGCUUUCUCAGGCGCAUACACGUCAGCUCAGGUGCGGGAUGUGUUUGAGACUGAGAUGGAUCAUGACAACAGCUCUGAUCGCGAUGGGGCAAGCACCAUCUUCGAAGAAGCAGAAAGCAUUUCGGUUGGAGAGGUCAUGAAGAGCCCGGUCUUCAGUGAAGACGAAUCAUCGGACAACUCGUUCUGGAUCGAUUUGGGUCAGAGCCCAUAUGGAUCUGAUCACUCUGGCCAAUUGAACAGACCCAAAUUAGGCUCGCCACUCCCACCAUCAUGGUUUACCAGCAGGAAAAACCAUGUAGGGCUCUCUCCGAAACUGUCAUCAAAGGUUUCUAAGAGCCCAACCUAUGACGAUAGGCGAGUGAAUCUUAGAUCGAGUGAAGACCAUGUGCUGUCAUUCGAUGCAGCUGUCUUAUCGGUCUCACAGGAAUUGGACCGUGUUAAGGAAUCUCCAGAAGAAGAAGAGUACACGGAAAGGGAUGCAGCUCCUGGAAACACUGGAAAGGAUCCAGAUUUCCAGUAUGUUAGAGAGAUCCAGGAAGAAUCUGAAAUCAGAGAAGAAGCAAAUCUGAAUGGGGCUAAGUUGAGUUCAACAGGGAAGCAUGGCUGUCUGGAGAAUGGCUCGUCCUCUGAAAUAUGCCGAGAAAGGCUUGCAGAGACAAAAGAAAGUGCUAUAAGGAGGGAAACGGAAGGCGAGUUUAGACUAUUGGGACGUCGAGAAGGAAACAGAUUUGGCGGGGGUAGAUUCUUUGGUGUGGAGGAGAAUGAGCGGGCCACGAGCAUGGGCCGACGAGUUUCCUUUAGCACCGAGGACAACCGUAGAGAACACCUUGGCCGUAAUUUGGAGGCUGCAGAAGUGUCUGGGACUACAUUAGGGGAUGAUGAUGGCAUCAGUGAUGGAGAAGAUGGAGAUGAAGAUGAGUGGAACAGAAGAGAACCCGAAAUAUUCUGCAGGCAUCUCGACCAUGUGAACGUGAUGGGCUUAAACAAAACCACCCUCAGACUGCGGUAUCUGAUCAAUUGGCUAGUGACGUCUUUGCUACAAUUGCGGUUACCAAGUUCAGAUGGUGGGACCGGAAUGCCCCUUGUUCACAUCUAUGGCCCGAAGAUCAAAUAUGAAAGAGGUGCUGCUGUGGCAUUCAGUGUUAGGAAUGCCAGUGGAGGGCUAAUCAAUCCUGAUAUUGUUCAGAAGCUCGCUGAGAAGAAUGGCAUCUCUCUUGGCAUUGGUUUCCUUAGUCAUAUACGGAUCGUGGAUAACCAGAAACAGCAUCAUGGAGCAUUGGAUUUGGACGGCGCGGCCUUGAUAUGUAAGCCGAUGGCUAAUGGGCGGCAAGACAGUAAAAAUGCAACAUUCCGAGUCGAGGUCGUUACAGCUUCUCUUGGGUUCCUCACUAACUUUGAAGAUGUUUAUAAGAUGUGGGCAUUCAUAGCAAAGUUUCUUAAUCCUGCCUUUAUUGAAGAAGAUGGAUUAUUCACUGUCCCAGAGGCUUCGGAAACGUAAGAUCAGGAGUCAGCUGUGUAUGUUUCGCAUCUAGCUUGAAAGAAAAACCCCGCUGUUUUACUCCUGCCAGCACCAAUGGUAAUAACGACCAGUUUGAAAUAUUUGAUGUGCACUUCUGGUUUGAUGGUUGGGAGACGCAGAGGCAACAGAAAACAUGCGAGGUAUGAUUUUCCAGCUUUCUGUUUCAUUUGCUUCUUCCACGAGAGAUUUUCUAUACAAGCGGGGGCGAUGGCUGUUGAUUAUGGAGUUGAAUUUAUUUAUUCUUGUUUCUAUUUACUUGUUAUGUAUUUUUGGGUUCAUGUAGAGUUUGGUUUUAGGAACGUGUAUCACUUGGGUCACCAUUUUAGACUCUUCAGUCGGGUCCUCUGUAUGUUCAAGAAGAAUUCAAACGGGCGGGAAAUCAGUUCCCCUAUUUCGCAGUGUUCUUGUUUGGUAAUUACCACUAAGCAAUUGCACGCCACUUAUUUCAAUUGGGUACGUUCUUUUUUACAUUUCCAUAUACGGUCUUUAUUGGGCUAUUAGAAAUUUCAUUUAGAGUAAACAAUGAAAUCUUUAUUUGAGACA